AUGUCACAAACAGACAAAGAAUCCAUUCAUUCUCACAACAAAGACGAGUUAAACCAAGUGUCCGUAAUGUCAGUUACUUCAGCAGACUCGCACGGCAUGUCGCAGCUUUUGGAAGGAGUUAUCUUGAAUCAUUGCGCUUUCGAUGGCGAUUCAUUAAAAAGCGAAUCAAUGGAUAAAAAAGAAAACAAGAAUGAUGACAUUGCUAUUAAAAGACAAGACCAUGUAGUCCCUAUCAAACCAAUUAUUUUAUCAGAAACCGACAUUAAACCUAUUAACGAUGAUAAACUAGCGGAUUACUCAUUAAAAUCAAAUGAUAAUCAAUCAAUAUCAUAUGAGCCAGAGAAUUUUUCGUUGAGAAAUAUCAGAAAUACUUCAGGGAAUUCAAUUGAUGCAGAUUUGGCUCACAAUUCGACUGCUGGAAAAGAUGACCUACAAGACAUCCCAACCAUAAAACCAUUGAAUGAAACAAAACUAAACAUGGAGAGAUUUUUUGGAGAUAUAUUUGGAGACGGAUCAGAAAAAUUUGUUGGAUUCCAAACGGCUAGUCGAAAAGCACUGCCGCCGAUUAGUCUUCAAGCAAAACGAAGAGCACUCGCAAUAUUUACUGAAGAGCAACAACCUUUGGAUAAUGAGACCACAAAAAAACACACCACAUUACCUAAAAAUACCUACUCCUCUCAUAUUUCAACUGCAACCAUAUUCCCCAAAGUUAACAGCCCAAUUAAUCCUCCAAAAGUAUAUUGUGAUGAAGCAAACUCAAGAAAUCCAGGAGAAAAAGGUUCUCCAAAACAAAAUACGCACCCUCCAGCUGUUAUACAAAAUGUAUUUCACGAUAUCACUAAUAAUUCACCGAGAAAGAUAUAUCAUGACCAAGAGAAGCUGUUUAAACCAGUAACAGAAGUGCAGCUCAAGAGUGGUUUCUCGACUGGAGGGGGAAAAGCUAUUAAACCUAUAAGCGAAAAGGCAUACCGUGAUGCAGUCUUGAAAUUUAAACAGACAGAAGAGGCUACAGUUAUUGUAAAUAAGUCUAAGCCUAAAAAAUUGACAGACCCACCGUAUGUGGGAUUUCGCACUGGGACAGGCCGAAUAGCUUCUGAUGUUUCAGAAGAAGCCAAACGACGAGCAGAGACAAUUCUCUCAAAUGAUAGAGAACUUGGGCCAGUCUCUCACAACCAAAGUUUGUCUGUAACUACUACAGAAAAGAAAGCGAAUUCUCUCAAAGAUAUCAAACUUAAUAACAAUAAGCGUCAAAGGCCUGAAGACUCUUUGAAAAACCCUUUAGCAACGAAUGUACUACAGGGUAGACUUUUGAACAAGCGAAGAAUUAUUGAUUCAACUGUAAAGGCAAAACCAUUCAAGUCUCCUGUAAUUAAUUCAAAGCUUGCCAUCACAAAAGCAGCUGUUUAUAAAAAGGGAUCCCCAGUUACAUCUAUCAAAGGACAGCCUGUAUUCAAUUUACAGUUUUGUGUGGGUAUUGGUCAAUACAUAGCUCCUGGUCCCCGUUGGUGUAUAUCAAAACUUGGGAGGCCAAUACAAUACAGUAGAGAUACUCUUUUGGAAUUAGGCAUAUCUAUUGAUAUAUUAGAUAUGAGUGCCUCAAAAGCAGAACAGUACAUGUUUGGAGACUGGGGACCUGAUCAAGCACUAGGAGAGCUGCUCGAAGCUGGAGCCAUGCAAAAGUUUCUGUCAAAGGGAUGGGUGACCAAUCAUUAUUCCUGUAUUGUUUGGAAGUUUGCUUGUAUGAUUCGAUCAUAUCCAAAUGAAUUCCGGGAUUGGUGGACACCAAAAAAAGUUAUAGAACAACUUCUGUAUAGAUAUGAACGAGAAAUAAAUAUGGGCCAAAGCUCAGUAUUAAAAAGGAUCAUCGAACAAGAUGAUGUAGCGACUAAGCAUAUGGUUCUUGCCAUAUCUGAUAUAGUCGAUCUUGGUAAUAAUAGUUACAUGUUAAAGCUGACAGAUGGCUGGUAUCAAAUCAAUGCCAUGAUUGAUACACACAUGAAACAAUCAAUAGCAAACGGAAAAUUAAAGAUUGGCCAAAAAUUGUCAAUCUGUGGCGCACAGUUGUGUGGAGCCAAUGGUCCAAAAUCCCCUCUUCAGGCUGACUCUAGUACAUAUCUCUCUAUAUCUACUAACGGGUGUCUACCGGCUGCUUGGGAUAAAAAGCUGGGAUAUCAUCCCAAUAAGAUUCCUAUUCGGCCAUUGUCUUCUCUGUUUGAAGAUGGUGGUAUGGUCACAAUGCUGGAUAUAAUUGUAUGCCGGAAAUACCCACUAUUGCGCACAGAAACUUUUCCGAAUGGCGAGAAAAUUACCAGAGGUGCACAAGAAGAAGACAGCACGAUAAUAAGAAGAGGAUUUGGAGAACAAUCUCUUCAUAAAAAUAGACAGGAUUUUGGCUCUCUAGAAUCAUCGACCCAAUCUCGGCGGAACUAUACCGAUAACAACUCAGAGCUUUUCCAAGACCAACAAGACGCUCCUGAUCGUAAAGUAUCCAGUUAUUUUAAGAUGACUGUCUGCGAUUACUCUUGUACUUUUGCUACCAAACAGGAUACUGGGAUGGCUACUCUUACGUUCUCCAAUGCGAACGAGAUACAUCAUAUGGAUAUAAAUGAAGGAAGCCGUUACAAAGUUUUCUUCUUGACGCCUUACUUAUCAAAAGCAAAGUGGGCUUCUGGAUUGCAUUUCACUACCUCUAGAAACACAAGAUGGGAGGUGGUACCUGGCCCGAACAAGUUGAUUUCUUUUUAUGAACCUCGUGAAGUAACCCAAUGUGACAGUGUUGACUACAUGCAUCACCUUUCUGAGGCUGACAUGGUCGUUUUCGUAUUGCACGUUGGAGAGGGUGUCAAGGAAAGAGUAGUUAUGGGCCAGCCCACCUGGAGUCAGACGUUAUUGGUGACUGACGAAACAAGGGCACUUUGUAAAAUCAAUAGACGUUCAACCACACGUCCUUUAGUAGACAUAAAAGGAAAGGUUAUUUGUCUAAAGAACUUGAGGUACGAAGCAUACGACAAAAAGUACAGAAUUCCACACUUGGGCACAUCGAACGAAUCCGAGACUUUUUUAGAGACACCAAAGAGUAAAUAUUUACAUGAGGCUGCACAGUCUUUAAAGAGAUGGGUAAACAGUCACCCAGAGGAAGUGCGAAAUCUACAGACACGAGUGAAUGAGAUAAUGAACAUAUCUUAUUAA